CUCUCCGCUCCUCCCUUCUCCUUCCCCAUUCUGCCUCUGGGGCUCGCGCUUUUCGCUCCCCCUCGUCGCUGGAUGCCGGGAUCCCCACUCCUGCCUAUUCUAGGGUUUCGUUUUGUGGAUUGCCUGAUGUCCUGGUCCAGGGCGCGGUUUGUGUGCUGGGCAGCUGCUCUUCUCUCCGUUGAUGCAGGAGACGCCCUUGGCGUUCUCGACUGUGCUCUGCUUAGGUUUGUGAGCAUGGAAUUUGGGUGAAUGAGGUCCCAUCUGCUUCUUUUGCGCGUCUUCUCAGCUUGUUCCCACGCGUGCGGCUGCCUGGUGAUCGCGGCGUUCUCAUUGUCCCGGUCAUCUUUGUUCCUUCGUUGUCUCGGCGUUUGUGGCAUCCAUUCCGGCAACAUGGCGGCACCAUUGAGGAACCUGGCGAGCAUGAAGGUGAAGGAUGUCCCGAACCAUCUGAAGUCGAACCUGAGUCGGGAGAAGGUGAUGAGUUCCACGUGGUCGUGGUUGUACAAGUACAACGAGAAGUACAUUCAGACUGGCAGCAUCAGGCCUCUGAUGGACGUGAUGCUGAGCGUUGGGUUUCUGUCGUACGCCAUCGCUUGGCCGACGGAGAUCCGGCACCUGCGUCACGCUGAGGAAGCGGCGAAGCAUGGCAAGGAUCACCAUUAGGCGGAUGGCGGAGUAGUUGUGUUUGUGGUAGUUAGAUGGCAUUGCUGUGCCGAGCGUAUUGGGAACGAUGACAGCAAAGCGCGGACCACAUGAAGUGGCGUCGCCUUUGUUGUGAAAGACGGCGGUAGUUGCAAAGGAGUUCGCUGCGUGAUCGUGCAGUGUAGGGAAUAGGCUCACGUUCAUGUGUGCGGAGUAUGUUGUGCCAUUGAUGAGCGGAAUAAAUGGAUCGCUGGAUGACUGCAGAGUGCGGUCACCGCAACGGUUGAUGGAAUAAAUUGGAAGGUGGUAAUGGAGGACGGAGAGCCAUUGCAUGCAGACCAAGUGCAAUGUUUGUGAA